AUGAAAAACACAAUCUUUCUUUUCUACCUUCUGACUUUUCUUGCAACUGCAAGUGUGAUUGGAAUUGAUUUUGGAACUGACAAUUUCAAAGUAACUUUUACCUAGAUUUCACUUAUCCGUCCUGGCAAAAAACUAGUUAUCGUAGAAAAUGAGCAUUCCAAAAGAGCGACUCCUUCAGCCAUCGCAUUCACAGAACAAGGGCGCUUAUUUGGAGAAAAUGCCUUAAAAGAGCAGUCUAAAAAGCCAGAUCUCGCAAUUGCUUUUCCGCAUCGCCUUCUAGGGAUCCCAUAUACCGAUGUCAAAGCUCGUCAAAAUUUUUUAUCAACAUUCCAGCCAAUCGAGCUUUUUGAAGACGAAAACAGAACUAGUAUCAGCUACAGAAUUAAAGGGCUUGAUCUUACUAAUGAAGAAGUAGUUGUCAUGGUUUUGGAACACGCCAAAAAAAUCACAGAAAAAUUUGCAGAGGUUUAGACUAAAUUAUUUAAAGUCAGGCGUUAGUCAUAUUGGUGAUGCAGUAACAAAAGACCUUCCAUACGUUAGGUUUUACAGCUUUCUAACUCCAGCCCAAAGGGUAUAUCCCCCAAAAGUGGGUCCAUUUCCGAUACCUUCUGCUUCCUCCUUGCCUUGAGGCUUCAGUCUUGCUUGGGCGGCUUAUGGAUUUCUACGGCCUUCGGCGGGCAUUAGAGUAGCUUGACUCCAGGAUCAGCUCCUUGGAGUCUGUCGGGUGUCGAAAAGCGACAGCUACUGAAAAAGACUGCUCCACUGUGGCCUAGGCCAAAACCCCCCAGUUUCUCAGUAGAUGAAUACCUAUAGGUUCUCGGAUCCAAAGGAUGUUGCUGGGCACCUCCAUUUCCAACCAUAAGAAGGUACUAGAUUCUCGACUAGAGUCCGUCCCAGCUCUCUGUGAUCAAAAGAUGGACCGUUGGACCAAUGGGUAGUUUGGCAAAUAUCGCCAUUUUAAUAUUUAUAAUUUGCAGAGGGACAUGUGAAGGAUUGUACAAUCACAGUACCAAGUUUUUGGACUAGAGCUCAAAGGUUUGCCUUAAUAUAUUCUGCUUAUGCAGCUGGGCUCAAUGUAUUGUCGUUUGUAAAUGAAAAUACAGCUGCUGCAUUUUACUAUGGGAUUGAUAGAUUAGAUAAUACAACUACCCAUAGGGCACUGUUUUAUAACCUUGGGGCUAGCUAUUUGCAAGUUACAAUCGCAGAGUAUUCAACAGUCGAGAGAAUGUUUGGGACCACAAAUAAACAAAUAGAAAAUAUCCAGAUUCUUGCACACGCAUCCGAUAAAUACUUAGGAGGAAGCUUCUUUGAUAAGCUUUUAGCUGAACAUUUUGUGGAAGAGUUUCAAAAAAGCACUGGACUGAAUGCAAGAGAAUCGUCAAGAGCUAUGAUUAGGCUAUUCCAUCAAGCACAGUCUACCAAAAAAACAUUAAGUGCUAGUAAAGUUGUCCCAGUCACAGUAAAUAGCCUCUAUAAAGAAAAAGACUUGAAAAUCACUCUAACUAGAGAUGCGUUCGAAGAAAUGAUGGCUCCAUUCCUUGAUAAACUAGUCGAGCCAGUAAAUAAAGCAUUAGAAAUCGCUGGACUAACCAUUGAACAAAUAAAUAGCUUUGAGCUAAUAGGAGGAGUCAGCAGAAUUCCAAAAGUCCAAGAUGUGCUAAAAGACAAGCUGAAAGUAGAACUAGGGACUCAUCUGAAUGGAGACGAAGCUAUGGCUCACGGUGCCGCUCUUUUUGCUGCAAAUUAUAGCCAAGUUGUGCAUGUAAAGCCACUGUGGCUGACCGACAUCAAUCUUUAUAAUGUUACUGCACAAUUCUACACAAAGGAUGGAAGUGAGCCUUUUAAGACAGUAGAGGUCUUCCCAUAUGGAGUUCCUGUAAGAAAUUUGGAAAGAGUAAUUUUGAAGCAUACAGAAGAUCUUAAAAUUAUUUUGCAAAUAGCUUAUGGAGAUAAAGUGGUAGAUGCUCUCAGUUAUGAUGUUCAUGGGAUUCAAGACUUAUUUGUUCAGUCUGGAAAAGAGGUGGAUCUUUUAUUCCUUUUUGCACUAGACUCAAGCAAUUUGCCUUUCUUAUAUGAAGUCCAUAGCAGAAUUGAAGUUAAUGUAGUUAAAAAGGUUCCAAAACAAAAAGAUAAAAAGGUAGAGGAAGAAAAAGCAACUGAGAAAGGAGAAAGCGAAAAAGAGGAAAGCAAGAAUGAAGAUAAAGUAGAAGAGGAUAAUAAAGAAAAAGAAAAUACUCAGGAGGAAGGCGAAAACAAAAAUGAAGAAAAAACAUCAGAGGAUUCUAAAGAGAAAGAAGAACACAAAGACACUGAAGCAGCUUCUGAAGUUAAAAACAGCACUUCAGAUAAAAUUGAGUACGAAGAAAUCACUGUAAAAGAAAUGCAAGACAAAAAGCUUGAAUUCAAUGAAACUGAUUUAGAAAUCCCAAGAACUCUCAAACAAGAAGCCGCUUAUGAACUCAUGACUCGCAUUGGUGCUUUUAAAACCAAAGAAGAAGAAAAGAAAAGACUAGCCGAAGUGAAAAACGACUUGGAGUCAUACAUCUAUUUCCUCCGAGAAAAACUUGAAGAAUCAGCUUUUAUUCAAGUAACUCAAGAAAAUGAGCGCGAGGAAUACUCCAAAUCCAUCUCAGAAACCCACGACUGGAUGGAAUCAGCCGAAUACACAAUUGCAAAUUCCACAGAAAUCAAAAAAGCUAAAAAAGACUUGGAAGGUAAAAUUGCCGAUGCUUUGGAAAGAGAAAAAGAAUCAGAAAUUAGAGAUCAAGCUGUAGCUGAUGCCUUAGCUCAAAUAUUAAAACUAGAAGAAAAGCUUGUGACAAUUAAUGCAACGAAACCUUGGAUACCAAAAGAAGAAAUGGCUUUCACAAGACUCACAAUCAAUAAUACUCGCUCUUGGAUUUCUGAAAGAGUAGCAGAGCAAAAGGCUAAGAACCCUUGGGAUCCGUUAGCUUUCAAAACCAGCGAAAUUUCGAGUAAAGUUGACCAAGCAGUUAAGCAGGUAGAAAAAUUACAGAGAAUGCAAAAACCUAAGCCAAAGGUCCCUGAGUUCAUGAAUUUUGGAAAAGAUUUUGACUGGAGCAAGGUAAAGAUGGAAAAUGUGACUGUAGAUGGAGAAUCUUAUAGCAGUGAAGAUAUGAAGAAUGAAGAAAAGAAAGAAGAAGAUAAAAAUCAAGGACAAAAAGCUGAGGAAGCCAAGGAUGAGAAAGAAAAAACUGCAGAUGGAGAGAGUGAAGGUGAAAAAGCUCAGGAGGGAACAGAUAAAGAUUUUAAAGAAGAUCUCUAA